GAUGAUUGAUUUAAAACUAAAUCUAUUUAUAUUAUUUAUAGCAUUCAAUCUGAAUUUGUUGUCUGUCUAUACAUACGAUGAUGAGUCCGAUACUAAUGCUGAUAUUACCCGAAUGAUUGGUGGACGAGAUGCCAAUCCUAAAGCCUAUCCCUGGAUGGCCCAACUUAAUACUACUUUUUCUAAUUAUAUAAAUGGUUGUGGUGGUAGUAUUAUCGAUAAACAAUGGGUUUUGACUGCUGCUCAUUGUGUGUAUAAUAAAAAUGUUUUAUACAAGCAAGUUAGUGUUGGAUUAGGAAAACACAAAAUGUCCGAUAACCAACAUGAUAAAACAGUUUAUUUAGCUGCUUCAGAUGUUAUUGUUUAUCCUGGUUAUGUUGAAAACGGUUCACAUAAUGAUAUAGCUUUAAUAAAACUUAACGAAACUCUUGAUUUCGACGAUAAGCACUCCUUUCUGCAAAAAAUUGAUUUGAUAAAACCUUUCUAUACAAUUAAUGGUAGCACUUGUGUGGCCACUGGUUGGGGUAUGACAAAAAAUAACGAAAUUAGUUCGGAUAUUUUACAAGAAGCAGAUUUAUCAAUUAUUGAUUCCCAUCUAUGUGACAAUAGACUAAUAUUAAAUAAUAAAUCACGUAUUAUCGAUAAAAAUACUGAAUUAUGUGCCUUUAAUCCAUAUAAACGUGUCUGUAUGGGUGACAGUGGUGGACCACUUAGUUGUAAAUUAUAUAAUUUAAAUAAAUGGGUGAUCGUUGGUGUCGCUUCUUUCACUGGACUUGGAUGCCAAAUUGAUAGAACUCCUGGUAUCUAUACUAAUGUUGAAGCAUAUUUGGAUUGGAUUGAUAAGUCAAUCAAAACUGACAAACUAUUAAAUAGUAUGUUAAAUGAUGCAAAAACAUUCAAUCUGAAUUUGUUGUCUGUCUAUACAUACGAUGAUGAGUCCGAUACUAAUGCUGAUAUUACCCGAAUGAUUGGCGGACGAGAUGCCGAUAUUAAAACCUAUCCGUGGAUGGCCGUUUUUGGGAGUUAUUUUCAUAAUAUUGAGAAUAUUACGCUUUGUGGUGGUAGUAUAAUUGAUAAACAAUGGAUUUUGACUGCUGCUCACUGCUAUUGUUCAUCCAGCAUUCUUUUUUGGAAAAAAAUUAAUUUGCCAAAAUCAAUCUAUCCAAUUAAUUUUAACUCAUGUGUGGCUACCGGUUGGGGUAAAAAACAUGAUAACGAAACGAAUUCGGAUAUUUUACAAGUAGCAGAUUUAUCAAUUCUCGAUCCCCGCAAAUGUGACAAUGCACUAAAACUUGAUGGUAAACAACGUUUUAUCAAUGAAAAUACUGAAUUAUGUGCCCAUAAUUCAAAUAAACGUAUCUGUGAAGGUGACAGUGGCGGACCACUUAAUUGUAAAGUAUAUAUUAGUAAUAAAUGGGUUGUCGUGGGUGUCGCUUCUUUCACUGGACUUGGAUGCAAUAUUGAUAAUACUCCUGGCAUCUAUACUAAGGUUUCAGCAUAUUUGCCGUGGAUUAAUGAUACAAUCAUUACUGACAAAAUAGUAAAUAAAUAA